AUGUAGAUACAUUCUGAAUAUAUUAUUUUAAAUGAAUUUAAGUACAACGAAAAUAUCUUUGUUGUUUCUAAAGGAUUAGAAAUUUUAGAUAAUGUAUUUGUCCUAAAAUACUCUGGUUCAAGCUUUCUUUAUCCAGAAAUUUACAAUUUUAUCUAAUUGGAUGACUACUUUAAACUGAAAAAUCCGAGCUAUGAAAUAAUUGAAUAAAUAAUCAUAUUAUUAUGCAAGAUAUGCUAAGAUUUAAAAAUUCACCCAUCUUGUAUGUUCAAAGAAGGAGUUACAUUUAACCAUUUGACUAAUUGCUUUACUUAUCCAAAAUAGCUUAUUAAUGAGACUAGAGCUUCUUGGGAGCAAAAUGCUUUUGGAUUUAUAAGUAUAUACCUUCAUGAAAACUAGGAUAUAUAAUGGAAUAAAAAGGAAUAGUUAUAUUAACUAAUAGACAAUAUAAUUAAACCAAGCUCAAAUGCUUAUUUAUCACUAUCUAAUGAAAAACAAUUACGCCAAUGUGAAACAGAAUUAACAAAUAGCAUAAAUAAAAUAGAUGAAGAGGAAAAUAAUCACAACUAAUAGAACGAUUCUUAGUCUAUUUAAAUUACAAGUUAAGAAUAGCUGAAUUCAUUUUUAGAAAGCAAAUAAAAUUAAUAUUAGAAUUCUGUUAUUUUUAAGCAUUUGAAGGAUAAAGAAUAUAUUCAACCAUAAAGCUAUGAUUCUCUUGAAUUUUUAAAAAUUUAAAGAUAUGCUUUUCUUUAUAAAAAAGCUGGCCUUCAUAAACUAGCAAAGAUAAUAUUUAAUUAUUAUUACAAGCUGCUUGAAGAUUUAAACUAGAAAACAGUAGAAUUAUAUGAUUCUGAAUAAGCCAAAGAAGUAAAGGUGAAAAUCCCUAAAGAGAAAAUAAUAGAGUAUCUAGAGAUUCUCUAAGAAAAUUAAGUCUAAUUAGAUGAUCUCUUAACUGUUUAAUGCCCAUAGUUAUCUAAAGAGUGGCACUUACAAAGAAAAUUUAGAAUAACGGCAUCUAAUUAUGGAUAAAUUGCAAAGUCUGCUUAGUCAUAAAGAAAUAAAAUAGUUUAAGAUUAACUUUAUCCUAAAUUUUUUGGAAAUGAAGCAACAAGAUACGGAAAUGAAAAUGAAUCAGCAGCUAGAGAUAAAUAUAUUGAGUUGAAAAAAGAUUAUAGAUAUGAAGUCAAAGAAUUUGGUCUUUUAGUUGAUCCAGAUUAUAUUUGGAUAGCAGGCAGUCCUGAUGGAAUAGUUUUUCAAGAUGAUAAAAAAAUAGGAUGCAUAGAAAUAAAAUGUCCUCACAGAAUUAAAGAUGAUGAAAAAAUCAACCAUCAAAAAUUAGAUUUCUUGAAAAAUGAAGAAGGUCAAAUUAAAUUAAAAGACUCUCAUGUUUACUAUUAUCAGUGUUAGGGAAUUAUGAAAUUAAGUAAAGUUGAUUGGUGCGAUUUCGUAAUUUACAAUAAAAAAGAUAUCUUAGUUAUAAGAGUUGAAUAUGAUUCAGAUUUUGUUAAUAAAUUUUACAUACAAUUACACGAAUACUUUUUCAAACAUCUUUUAGUUGAAAAUAUUUACCCAUGCUAAAGCAUUCAUAUCCAGCAGUAAUAAAUGGAUGAGGAAUAAUUCGAAGAAAUAAAGAAUAAUAACUAUAUAAUAAUAGAAAAGAAUAACUAAUUAAAAAAAGAUCAAAUAAAUUAAGAUGAAUAUAAAGGCUAAGAAAUAGAUGAUUGCUCUAAAACUGAGAGCAUUACAAAUGAAGAAGAGGAGUAAAUUGACUCUACCAUUCCGCUUUGA